AUGGAGUCUACUCAAGAAUCUGUUAUCAAGGUGAUGAAUCAAGACUUUGUCAAGUUGGAUCGCUUGGAUGGAACCAGAACCAAUUUUAGUAGGUGGAAGGAUAAGAUGAUCUUCUUCUCGACAGUCAUGAAGGUGGCAUGCGUGCUGAACCCAGAUCUUUCAGAAAUUAUUCCUCCAAUAGAUAACGAUUCAGAGGAUUUGAAAAAACAAAAGGAAAAACAUGAAGAAGAUGAAGUGGUGUGUAGAGGUUACAUUCUCAAUACUUUGUCAGAUAGUCUCUAUGAUUUAUUCGCAACCGUCAAGUCACCAAAGGAGAUUUGGACUACCUUUGAGCAUCAACAUGUCAACCAAAAGCAAGGCUCAGAUAAGUUUCUUAUCAAAAAAUACUUUGACUUCAAAUUUAUAAACAAUUCUCCACUUCUUGAUCAAAUUCACAAUUUGCAAGUGAUUGUUUCAAAACUCAAAGAUUUAAAUGUUGAAAUUUUAGAAGCAUUUCAAGUGGGGGCUAUUAUUGUCAAGUUGCCUCCUAGUUGGAAUGACUAUCAAAAGAAAUUGCUCCAUACUUCUGAAAUUUUGACUUUAGAUGGUGUUGUGAAACAUCUAAAUAUUGAAGAAGAUGCUAGAAAUCUUCAAAAGAAAGAUGUGAAUGGUGAAUCUAAAGUGAAAGUGGAGGAUGACUCUAAGGUGAAUUUUGUGAACGAAAGAAAAUAUGACAAGAAACAAAAGACUAGUGGUGUUUCAACUGCAAAUCUUGUUGACAAAAUUUCAGAAAUCGUUGCUAUGAUGUCACUUGGUAUGGUGACUGAAGUGAACAUGAUCACACCUAAUUCUUCCAAGAAUUGGUGGUAUGAUUCUGGUGCAGCCAUUCAUGUGUGCAAUGACAAGAGUCAAUUCAAGAAUUAUGAAAUUCUUGAAAGAUGGCAAAUGGUGUAA